AUGCAGCGUUUCAAGGAUGGCAAGAAGAUUGCGCUCAAGUACGUCUACCAGAUCAUUGUGGCGGUCAAGGAGAUUUUGACGACAGAGGCAACAAUGACGGACCAUCGUCUUGCUGAAGAUGAGCAACUGACGAUUUGUGGCGACACGCACGGCCAAUACUUUGACUUGUGUCACAUUUUUGAGACGAAUGGCUUUCCCAGCACAGAACACGCAUACCUCUUCAACGGCGAUUUCGUCGAUCGUGGCAGUUGGUCAACAGAGAUUGCACUUGUCUUGUACUGCUACAAGUGGCUCAUGCCAAACCACAUGGUCAUCUCACGGGGCAAUCACGAAACUCAGGAUAUGAAUAAAGUGUAUGGCUUUGAGGGUGAAUGCAAAGCCAAAUACAAUGAACGUGUUUAUCGAUUGUUUUCCGAGAGUUUCUCACUGUUGCCACUUGCGUGUUUGGUGCAUGGCGAGUACCUGGUGCUGCAUGGUGGUCUCUUUUCAAGGGACGAUGUCACAUUGGAUGAUUUGCGCAAUAUCAAUCGGCAUCGCAAGAAGCAACCAGGGCAUGAAGGUCUCAUGAUGGAGAUGCUCUGGACAGAUCCACAACCACAACCUGGUCGUGGACCUUCCAAACGUGGCGUGGGUCUGCAAUUCGGUCCGGACAUUACAGCGCGUUUUUGCGAUAAGAAUGGGUUGCGUGGUAUUAUUCGCUCUCAUGAAGUGCGUAUGGAUGGGUAUGAAGUUGAACAUGACGGUCGUUGUAUCACUGUCUUUUCUGCACCAAACUAUUGUGAUUCGCAGGGCACCAAACAAUCGCUUUGUCGCCAUGCUUCUUCUUCACCUUCAAACUGCAUCGCUUCAAGUCGUGCAGACGAAUACUUUUCACGAGCAACGAGCCAAUGA